AGGGUCAGACCAGACAUCGCUCCGCGGGUUCUGUUCAUACAUCGCUCCAUGGGGUGGAGCGACAGCGGACCGUUCACUGGUUUACACCGUCUUGCUGCUGACCACGGUGCUGAUCCAGGUUAUCAGGUUGCGGUCUGGUGCUCUCCAGGGUCCUGACGCAGCUACUGUGUUCAGGUUCUUAGUUGGCUUAACGGCUGCUCUCCGGACUUAUUUUUGACAUUUUCAGUAUUUUCCUCUUGGAUAGCUUUGCGUUCCUCCUUGAUCCUAAAAGAAUGUUGUGUAUCGCCACUGGCGAUUUCUACGUUACGCCCUAGGCAAACUCUUAAGCCCACGCAACUAGUAAUGACUACGUUGUGUGGAGGCUGACCGGCUCCUGAAUUUACGGAAAAGAAAUGUGAAUCCUAACCAGACCAGAACACAUACGGGAUGGGAGUGAUUCUAAAUUGCUCGGACGUUCGCAGACCCCAGCGGCAAUGAUCCCAUCCAGCGACGAUGCCGGACAGACCUAAACCCACUGCCCGCACUUGCGCUCAGAAGCAGGAACUUCUGAGCUUUCUGGUCGAGAGGUGACACUAAUCCAUCAAAAGCGAAUUUGAGAAAUGUCUACACAUAGCUCCAGUGACAUCAAGCCUCCCUGCAUGCCUAGGCACGGACUAGUCAAGAUCCCAGCCCAGUCCAAUGGAUUAGGCUCAGCCAGCAUCACCAAAGGAACCCCUGCCGCUAAAAACCGCCUGUGCCAAUCUUCCUCCAUCCCAACAUCACUUCCUCCACUCUAACUAACUACAGUGACCUGGCUUACUGUGGCACAAGUACCAUCUGCGUCUCUGUGUGCAGUGACAGACACUAUUCCACUGCUGGAGCCAAACUCCGACGAGAACUUGCCAAGUACAUGCCAGCCAUCAGGGUCCAAAAGAAAACUUUCAAUCUCUUCAAUGGAAGGACAAUUGCCUAUUUUGGAUGAGAAGAUCCUCAACCGACUCUUCUGGUACUUUUCCUCGUGCGAGAGAUGUUGUUUUGGCACAAGUGUGUAAGUAUGGAGAAAGUUGCUGUACCAGGCUAAAUUCUGGGAAGGCAUCACUCCCAUUCUCCACGCAAAGGAGCUGUAUAAUAUACUUCUCAAUGGAGAAAAGGAGUUUGUCAAUCUGCAAGGAUUUGCCAUUCGUGGCUUUGAUUCCUUCUGCCUGAUUGGAGUCUCUGAUCUGGACAUCUGUGAGUUUAUAGAUAACUACCCUCUGUCCAAGAAAGGUGUGAGGUCUGUGAGCUUGAAAGGUUCAACCAUCACUGACGCAGGACUUGAGGUCAUGUUGGAGCAGAUGCAGGGACUCGCCCAUCUGGAGCUCUCCGGCUGCAAUGACUUCACAGAAGCAGGCCUCUGGUCCAGCCUUAAUGCACGGAUUACCUCCCUGAGCGUCAGCGACUGUAUCAAUGUGGCAGAUGACGCCAUUGCCGCCAUUUCACAGCUGUUGCCGAACCUUACGGAGCUGAAUUUGCAGGCCUACCAUGUGACAGACACAGCCAUGGCCUAUUUCACUGCCAAGCAAGGAUACACCACGCACACCCUACGCCUGAACUCCUGCUGGGAGAUCACCAAUCAUGGUGUGGUGAACAUGGUGCACAGCCUGCCCAACCUCACUGCCCUCAGCCUCUCUGGCUGCUCCAAGAUCACUGAUGAUGGCGUGGAGCUGGUAGCGGAAAACUUGAGGAAGCUGCGCUGCUUGGACCUAUCAUGGUGUCCACGCAUCACUGACAUGGCGCUGGAGUAUAUUGCUUGUGAUCUGCACAAGCUAGAGGAGCUGAUAUUGGACAGGUGCGUGCGGAUCACUGAUACAGGACUUGGCUAUCUAUCCACAAUGUCUUCCCUGCGCAGCUUGUACCUGAGAUGGUGUUGCCAGGUGCAAGAUUUUGGUUUACAGCAUCUCUUUGGAAUGAGGAGUUUACGAUUACUUUCAUUAGCAGGCUGCCCAUUGUUGACCACUGCUGGCCUCUCAGGCUUGAUUCAGCUACAAGACUUGGAGGAGCUGGAACUAACCAACUGCCCUGGUGCUACCCCAGAGCUCUUCAAAUAUUACUCCCAACACCUGCCCCGCUGUAUGGUGAUUGAGUAAGGACACCAGGGAUUGGCUACUUACACAGAAUGACCACCUCCAGCCAAACCCCAGCACUGAUUACCAAUCAGAUAAAAGCUUGGAGAUGAGUGUGCAUCUGAUCAAUGAUAGGAAAAUGAUUUAACAGUGUCAGGAAUGAGAAAGAAACUGAAUAUAAACAAACUGAGAUUACUUUUGCUUUGGUGUGCAACCAGAGUCAUCCCAUUCUCUCUGUCUGGAUGUGUGAAUUCCACAGUCAUUCCUGCUCAUCACACUUUUCUCUAAAUGUGGAGUGGUUGUGACCAGGCUUGUUCUGAGCAUGUGCAGCGUUUGCAGGUAGCUGCAGUCACAUGCUGCUGCUGUAACUCUUGUGUUUCGGUGCUGGAUCUCUGUAAUGUGUCUAACGUUUAUGUAGAAUUCCGUUCGCUGAAAUGUCUCCCGCUGCAGAUGCGAGGCCAUAUUUCUCUUAUUAGAAAACGAGUUGUGGUGAUCAUUCCUUGUACCAGGGAUGGAUGUUAAAACAUCUCUUCCAGAAGCCGUUGUCAACCAAUUCUAUUAACUCUUAACCAGCUAACAAUGGAGAACUUUCUCCACCAGCCCAAAUAUUGGCAGAUAUUGCUUUUUUUUAAAAAAAAACAAAUUAGUAUUUUCUUUUUCAGUUUCUAAUGCUGGCUGGUUCACUGCUGGGAUCUGUAAGGGGAACGAAGUUGGGGAUUGGGGUUUAGAUGAAGGAGUACAACACAUGACUUUUUUUUGGUGCAGGUUGAAGGACGUAUGGGAAACCAAAUCAGCAACAGCAACUGCCCAUUUCAUUCCUGAAGAUUUCAGGGAUUGGAUGAGUUGGACUAGACUGUUUUGAUAUCUACAGGAGUAUGUUUUCAUAGAGACCAAAAGAAGCCCAUUCUGGUUGUGAGCCUCCUGUGAAAGCAGGAUGGCUUUGGGACUUCCUUACUGUAUAUAUUUUUCUGUCUGUUUGGAUACUCUUUAAAGAAUUAUAACUUAUAUUUGCUAAGUGUUUUCCUGUGCUGUUGGCCAUUGGCUGUGAUUUAUAAUAUGUUGCUUUAAAUGAAAAGAUCUUAGAAGGUAAAAUGGAAGGCCUGCACUCCAUACAUCAGCUGUAAAAGUACCAAGCUUUUCUUAACCCUGCUUCCCCCCUGCCCAGCAAUACAGUGGAAUUUUACAAAGAAACUCAAAGCAGAAGCAGCAAUAUUAUUUCUAUCAUUGCUUUCAGCUGAAUUGUGAUGCCUUUGUUGUGUACAGUGUGAUGCUUCCAUGCAGUAUCCUUUCGGAAAGUCAGUCCACUGUCAGUACAAAUAUUCUUAAAAUAAAUAUUCCAAACAAAA